AUGAGUGAAGCAACUCACCACGCGGGCGAUGCUCUGCUGAGACAGUGUGUAGGAGCAUUGGAUCGCUUGUACUCUUGCACUAGUAAUAGAGAUCACUUAACCAUAUUGAACACCGCCGUGGAAAAGCUGCUCCAAGAUCAAUUCAAGAAUUUCGAGUCCUUCAGGGCUGAAUUAUCUUGCAUGAAUGACCCUUUGUUAAGCACACUGAAAUCAAGCAACAAAGCAGGGAUGGUCAUUUUCAACGAGGAAGAAGAAGAAGAAGAGAGGGCAAGAUUAGGGGCAGAGGGAGUAGAAAGAGAAAAGGCAGAAGAAGUGAAUCAGGCGACAUCUAGUACAGAUGGAAUAGCUCCUACUCAGGCAACAUCAAGCACACCCGAUACCCUCACAAGCACAUGUGUGGAUGCUGCCGUACAAUUGGAACCUACUACUGCCACUACAAAUGUCUUUGAGAUGCCAGCUCCAAUGGAUGGUUUGCCAAAUGUGAUAACAAACGGUCCUUUGACAGAAGCUAUUGUCCAAUAA